AUGAAUAGCAGUCCGGUGCACACCAAGGAGCGUUGGACAUGUUUAUAUCCAUCUGCAACGAGAUGGUCUGGCAGGAGUCCAAAUGUGGGCGGGUCAAAAUUUGAUCCAAGAAAGAGAGACAAGAUGUGUUCUGCAAUCCAGCAGGCUCAGGCGAAUGGCAAAGUACUCCACGUCGUCGUUGACGAACAGGGACUAUAUGAUAUCACGGAUCAAAUGCCCGCAGUCAUGUCGUCUGUCGAUAAACUCUCUGUUGAGACGCUUGCUCAACUCUUCGACCAAAAGGUUCUUACCAGGAUCACCGCGAGGGACUACCUCUCAGGGACAGCGAAAAAAAAAUUCAGCUCGCGAGAGAAAGCUCUCUUAGCCCUUUCUCUGGCGAGAUGUUUGAUGGACUUCUUUGACCAAGACCUUGAGCUUGGUUUAUACAGCUGGAAGCCAGAAUAUUUAUAUUUUCUACGCCCCUCAGGAACCUCCACUAGCAAUCGCGCUCUUUACAUCUCACUCAAGCCAAGAGAACCGGGAGCCGAAAGACCUGCUUCACUUGGUGGAGUCAGCCCUGGCAACCCUGUUCUCCUCGCCUUUGCUAAAUUACUUCUUGAAAUUGACAGCGGCGAUACAAUACCGAUUGAAAUACAGCCGGAAAGCAAAGCGAACCUGUCAAAAUGGGCGGAAAUGUGCGAUUUCGUGAGCAUAGCGGAAAGGGAGGGCAGUGCGAAUUACCUGAAGGCUGUGGAGGGAUGUCUUUAUCUCCACAUGGCUCUUCCCAACUUUCUCGAUCAGGAAGGGGCCCCAGUGACCGAUCAGAUCCUAAGAAAAAUAAUUUACGAGCAGGUUGUACGGAAUCUAGAGCUGAUGGCGAAACCCGAGACAUCGAAACGAAAGAGACGUGAUUCGGCGUCUGAUCUUCCAAUCUCAAAGAAACUCACACUGGCAACCGCUGUCAGUCAACAGCCACCAGUGAUGCUUCCCACUGAGGAGUUUUCUCGUCCUUCCACCCAUCAGGAAUUUGAGGUUGCAAUAGUAUGUGCCUUGCCAUUGGAGUUCAAUGCGGUGUCUGCACUAGUCGACGAGUUUUGGGAUGCAGAUGGUGACUACUAUGGCAAGGCAGACGGGGAUACCAACAUGUACACGGCUGGGCGUAUUGGAAGGUCCAAUGUCGUUCUAGUCCUUUUAGCAGGGAUGGGCAAUGUUAAUGCUGCCGCUGCUGCUUCAAACCUCCGGUCGAGUUAUCCUGGCUUGCGGCUUGCUUUGGUUACUGGCAUUUGUGGCGGCGUGCCUUAUAUAGGGCGCAAGGAAGAGCUUCUGCUAGGUGAUGUGGUCAUUAGCAAGCGUAUCAUACAGUAUGACUUCGGCAAGCAAUACCCCGAUGAGUUCUUGACAACAACCACAGUUGAAGAUUGCCCUGGCAAGCCAGCGAACCACAUCUGCAGCCUUCUCCGCGUGUUCGAGACGGACUUUGCUCGGGAUCGCCUUGAGAGCAAGGCAGCUGUCUACCUUCAGCAAAUUCCGGAAAGGACUAGCCGAAACCAUCGCACGGCGAGAUACAAAUAUCCAGGAGCGUCACACGAUAAGCUCUUCCAAGCGCACUAUCAGCAUAAGCACCAUGGCUCCUCACCAUGUUCCUACGCCGGAACCGAAGACCACCCUGGCCGCGUUUGCGAGGAAUCCCGCACACUAUCCUGUGCUGAACUCGGCUGUGGUACUAGCUAUUUAGUGGUACGAAAGCGUCUCAAGGCGAAACGCGACCUGGAAAUAGCGGGGCACAGCAAAGAAGCCCAGGCUCCGGCAAUCUACAUUGGAAGUAUCGGAUCUGGAGAUGCGGUCAUAAAGUCCGGCAAGGACCGGGACAAGCUGGCAGAGCGCCAUGGUCUUGCAGCCUUUGAGAUGGAGGGAGCCGGUGUCUGGGAUCAAGUCCCCUGUAUUGUGGUCAAGGGCGUCUGUGACUAUGCCGACAGUCAUAAAAACAAGACCUGGCAGCAUUUCGCUGCUGCGACUGCUGCGGCAACGGCGAAGGCGCUACUGGAGAGACAUAUUUAG